CAUGGAUACAGCAAACGAUUGAAGUAGUUAAAAAAAUAAUUUUACAAAGUUUAAAAUCAAUUGUUAGGCACAAAAAUUAGACUAAUAAGUUUACCAAAUACGACAUUUGUUUAAAAAUGCGAAUCAAGUCAAGUCCAGCAGAGCUAAUUGUCGGCUCAUCCCAAGAUCUAGAUGAUGAUAUGUCAGACGUUGAGGAAGUCUUUAUUAGAGAUGGAAAAAGUGAGAAAAAUAGAGACAUUGAGAAUAAGCCAUUAAUGCCAUCAAGGAAGAAGCACCAACAUAAAAAUUCCAAAACGACACAGCAACUUAAAAUCUUAAAGAAACAGUAUAAAAGAUCCAGAUGCCAUCGAUGUUUGGUGCCAUUCUGCUAUACCUUAUUGUUAAUGCUUGUAAUGCUAAUCUUGGCAGCAAUUGUACUGACUUUAUUUCCUGUUCAGAAACUUAAACUUAUGUUCCAUAAUGCAUCGCCAAAGCUUUAUAAAGCUCUAAUGAUCAACAAUAAUGAGUUAGAGCCAUCGAUUCAAACAGUGGACAUUGAGCAAGUUCCAUGUCAAAAUUUAGCUGUAACGACUGUAUGGAGCAGGACAUUAACGAAACUUAAUUCUGAAGCUCCAGUAAGGAAGGCAGACUUAGAUGGUGACUUUAUUGACGAUAUAAUCAUAGGUUUUGGUGUCGAUGACUCAAUUUCAUUUGAUGGGAACAAUGACAUUCCACAAUGUACGAUACCAAAUAGUGGACAGAUAGAUUUAUGUGAAGGUGGAGUUUUGGCUAUAAAUGGAGCGACAGGUGAUGUUAUGUGGAAGUAUUGGACACCUUAUGCAAUAUUUUCGUUGUUCUGUAAAUUUGACAUAAAUGAUGAUCGAGUAAAUGACUGCAUUAUAUCCGGUCCUGGUGCUUUAUUGCAAGCUAUAGACGGAAAGUAUGGUAAACAGUUAUGGGAACUAAAGAAAUUUAGUAUUCAAAGUCCUGAAGAGAUUGACAUCAACUCAAUUGACCUCUAUACUAUUAAUAUCAUGCGAGACUUGAAUUCUGAUGGAGUGCCUGACAUCAUUGGUGCACACACUGACGAGAGAUUUGGAAUUCGAGAAGGUCACAUUCGAUUAAUAUCCGGUAAAAAUGGAAAAGUCAUUAGGAACAUCCCGUCGCCAUUUAAAGAAGAAAUCUUUGUUCCUGUACAACUUAUGACUUUGAAAGAUGGAACUGAAUUUUUACUUGUUCUUACUGGUGGACAAAACACGGCUGGUGGAGUUUACAAAAUUCGGCUUGAUUCCCUCAAAAAUUUCCAUGAUGACAACGAUUAUACGACUGUUCAGAGAUCUUCGUCUGGAUUUUUGGUACCUGCUAUUUUGACUGAUUUAAAUGGCGAUGGAGUUGAAGACUUUGUUGUGUCUUCAUUUAAUUCGACAAUUUAUGCAUUUAACGGAGCUAAUAAUUGUGUUUUGUGGACUUUUACAUUCCCAUCAUCAGAAAGUGUCAGUUCCAUUGUUCCUGGAUUUUAUAAUCAUGAUAAUGUGACCGAUUUUAUGGUUAAAUAUUCAACUGGCCCUGGAUUUCCUGUCUAUUACUAUUCUCAGACAACAAUUCUUGAUGGAACCACAGGAAAAUCAUUUUUGGACUCAAAGAUUACUGAUUCUGGCGGAGCUCAUUCUUUACUUGGUGGAAUUUCUAUAGCUCAAAAUUAUGGUGGUGAUUGGUUUCUUCACUUCCAAAGCUACUGUCGAGAUAAAUAUGAAAAUGCAAAAGAUCCAUACAAAUUUGUUCCUGAUUCUGACAUUAUUCAACAGUCACGUGCUGACAUUUGUAUGCUUCGUUACAAUACAUCUACAGUUUUAAAAUUGAAUGCUAUUAGUCGGCAUGUGGAACCACCAGGAAAUGUCAUAUUUAGUUCAGACAAUAUCCCACUUCAACUGAAUCAGUCUGACAAGACAUCAACAGUCACAGCAACGAACAACAAUGUCAAGCAACCUUUAAAACAUCCCAAAAUGAGAUUGAAGCUUGCACAAAAUCGUUAUCAGCCACAACCACCAAUUGAAGUCAAUAAGAAGCAAAGUAACGUAAAUGAACAAACAAUAAGGCACCAACAACAAGAGAAACCAGCACAACCUCAACAAAUCAGGAAUGAAGAACGCUUACCAAAGGAAGAUUUAGGCGAAAUGACACAAUUAGUUGCUGGAGAAGGUCAGAAACAAAAGGCUAUAAAGCUCAGAGAAAAACAACUUAGUCAGGACUUGGCAGAACAUCGAUUGAAGUUAAAACAGAAGGGAGUAAAUGUUGGAACAAACUUUGAGGAUGGAGAUACACCAAGUAAUUUUAAUGAGAUUAUGAAUAAAAUUUCAAUGAUGGAACUGCCAAGAGAAUAUAAAGAAGAUAUGUUGGACAUGAAUCAAAUGACUGAUGGAUUAGACAAGCCAGACUAUGAUAUGUACUACGACCAAACUCAACAGAAACAUAUUCCAAGAAGAUGGAAUUCCAAUAAUCGUGGCAUACGAAGUGAAACUGACUAUGGAACACCAUCGACAUAUGAAACGAUUCUUCAUGAUUUAGAGAAGAGCAGUAAGAAGCAGGAUGCAAAUUCUCAAACAGUCAAAAAGGUAUUAGAUGAUAGUGACGUGAAGAAGAUAUCUCAGCCAAUGCUCGAACCACGACCUGAAACUUUAUGGGAUAUCGAAAUUGAGAAAGAAAACGAUGAAAAGAAUCCAACCAGAAGACGUAGACGUGAAGCUAUAAAUAAUGAGAAUAUACUUCCGUCUAUAGCUUCAACAGGUGUUUUAUUGGAAUCACUAAACAAAACAAAUUCGUCGAUUGACUUUGUCUUUGUGCUGAACAUCCGUGAAUCGGAAGCAUUUCCUCCUUUAUUAACACAAGAAGACCUCAAUUGCGUCGAAAGCAAAAUGGCAGCUUUAGGAAGUUUCCAGAGUGACAUUGUCGACUGGCAGAAAGGAUUCCUUAAAGAAUGCCUAAAGAGUCGCUUGUCAGUGACUUUUAAUCAACAACUUCAAGACACAUCACAUUUUCCAGCAUAUGAAACACAAAUAUCUAUUGUACGCAUUUCAAUAUCAUGUACAUGCAAUGACUUGAAUGAAAAACGUGAAGUAUGUUCCACAUUUAAGAAUAUUAAGGAACAAAAGUGGCCGGAAUUUAUGGGCACGCAGUUAGAUGGAUCAUAUAAUAUUUAAAUAUAUUUCAAAUAACUUAUAAGUAACAAAAUAUCGAGAGACAGCAAGUGAGAGAACUAAAUAUACUAUAAAUAGGCAGCAGUUUGUCGUCGUGUAUGAUUGAAAACUUUAAAGAUGAAUAUUUUUAUUUCCUAUAUACAUAUAUUGAAGAAAUUAUUUAAUAAAAAAGACAUAGAUGGAAUUUAUAAGAGAGACAGGAUACAAUUAUUGUUUUGUUUUAUAUCCUUAUUAAGUAUCAUAGUCAUCAAAUUCCUGCUUAAUUUCCUCUUUCAUGUAAAAAUGUGACGGAAAGUCUGUGUGUUGGAACUCGUUUAAAUUGUACUGUGAAUCGACAAUGUUCUUUAGUUCCGAAACUUUAUCUGUAAAUUCUGUUGCUGUUUUUUGGUGUCUGUUGUAGAUCUCGUUCUUAAAAUAGUUAAUAAAGACUGCUGAUGACUCGCUAGUUAGAUUAAAGUAUGCCUUUUCGAAAGUCAGCACAUCAAUCUCAGUUUCUGUAUCCCGGUCAUCAUUUGUCAGUACAUUAACAAUCGAAUCCAUUAAAGCUUUAUAAAAGUAUUCUGUAGAAUCAGCAAGUAGUUGUAAAGCUGAAUCCUUGAUCUCAGUGAAGUCAUUAAUCCUCACGAGACCACAGAUUGACUUUUUAAGUGCCAUUUCUGCACACUUUUUGUUAACUUUUGGUACAUCUUUUGGCUUUCCAUGCGUAAAUUCGGAACUGACUGUCGAUAUGAAGCAGUUGAGUGUAUUUAAGGUUUUUGGAGCACUAAUUCUAUUUGGAAAGAUAUCAAGCGUGGUCUGGAGUGUCGGUACAAUUUGUUGAAAUGUAAACUGAUCAUUUUGGGAUGUAUCUAUCAGUUCCUCAAUUAAUUCUUGCUUCUGUUUAAGCCCAACGAUUUGAUUCACUGUAGAAUUUUUAUGCUGCAACUUUAUGCGAUUCUCUUUUGGUUCAAAAUAAACAGAUGAAUGUAAAAUCUUUAAUUCUGAUCUUUUCUCGAACAUUAUUUGUUUAUCUAGCUCCAAGUUCUUGGCUUGUUCCUCCUCAUUUUGUGGCUUUUCAGUAAAUUCUCCCCAAUAUGUUCUUUUCAUUACGAAAUUAAAUUAAUUUACGUUUGUUUAUUUUUAUCGUGCUUAUUUCUUUUCUCUAUUUAUGUUUUAGGUGUGUAGAAGUUUUAUUCAGGUAUUUUGAGGGAACUGACUAC